AUGACCGCCGACGAGUCGAAGACAGCAACACCUGCUCCCGCAGCAGCGACUGAUACUAUCUUGAAGGGUGAAGUGCUGGCUGAUCCAGGUGUCGACAUAAGCAAAGACAAAGCGCUUCAACUCUUAUCACGACACAAUGAUAUCCCCUUCGACCCUGAUUCCGCCGAGGCAAAGCGAGUUCUGCGAAAGAUUGACUGGAGAAUCAUGCCUAUGAUCUUUGCCAUAUAUCUACUGCAGCUGAUGGACAAGAACAGCCUUUCAUUCGCAGCUAUCAUGGGAAUCCGACCCGAUACCAAGUUGACGGCCAGCCAGUACUCAUGGCUUGGAUCCAUUGUCUACUUCGGAUACCUCGGUGGCGAAAUCCCAGCUGCGUAUCUGAUGCAGAGGGUUCCCAUCGCCAAAUAUGUCGGAAGCAUGUGCAUGCUCUGGGGCAUCGUGGUGGCGAUGCAUGCCGUAUGCAAGGACUUUGGCGGUCUCGCGGCUGUCCGGUUUCUUCUCGGCAUGAUCGAGGUCUGCACGGCACCAGCUGCCAUCUACAUCACCAGCACCUGGUACACAAAGCAAGAGCAAGUCACGCGUGUGGCCAUAUGGUAUUCGACUUCUGGCUGGGCCCAAAUCUUUGGCGGCUUCUUUGCCUGGUGUAUCUACCAAGCACCCAGGUUCCGCUGGCAGGCACUCUUCAUCUUCUAUGGCGCCCUUACCUUCAUCACGGGGGCCAUACUGUUUUUCGCACUCGCGGCCUCGCCCACCGAGGCGCGGUGGCUGACGGAGGAGGAAAAGGUGAUUGCCCUCGAGCGCGUCCGCUCCAACAAGACCGGUACCGAAGUGUGGAAGUUCAACCCAAAGCAGCUCAAGGAAACGCUCAUGGAUGUCCGGUUCUACAUGAUUUUCAUGCUCCUAGUGCUAACCGGACUACCCAAUGGCGGCGUCACAGCUUUCGGGCCUACCAUCAUCGCAGGGCUCGGCUUUAACACAGAAAAGACGACCCUCAUGAGCAUGGCUCCAGGCCUAGGUCAAGUUAUUGGGACUUUCCUGGCUCUUGCAGUCUCCAAGUGGACCAACAGAACAGUAGCCGGCGUGUACACGCUAUUGCUCGCCUGUGUUGGCGUAGCUAUGAUGCUGGGAAUUCCAGCCGAGAACAAUGUAGCACGAUAUGGAGGCUACAUCUUGAUGUUUCAAUUCCCCGUGUCUGUUCUCUUCAUCAUUGCUUUCAUGACUGCUGGUGUGGCAGGCUCCACGAAGAAAUUUGCAUUUGGAGCUGUCUACCAGGUCGGAUACGCUGUUGGCAACCUUAUCGGUCCACAGACCUUCCGUGGCCAAGACGCUCCUAAUUACUAUGUGGCAAAAUACACCAUGCUUGGCGCGCUGAUCAUCACGACUUUUGUUUUGCUAAGCUAUGGCCUCAUCCACCUCACUUGGAAUAAGAACAGGGACAAAAGGGCCAUGCAGGGUGACCAAGCGGAGCAUGUUCACUAUGAGAAUGAGGAGUUUGUCGAUUUGACCGAUUUCCAGCUGAAGUCAUUCCGCUACCCCCUUUGA